CCCCUCCUGGCUUUUUCAUAUCUUUCACUUGAGCUCCUCACUAUCCGCCGCCAUCCUAGCCUUGAUCGCGUCACGCACGUCCUUGAUGGACAUGGCGCCGUUCUUGAUCCGUACAACCGUGCCCGCCAUGUCCAGAUCCGUAACCGUGCACCAUUGGGGAACCACCUGUGCCAACAACCGAAUGUGCGCCGCUGCUUCACCUACAGCAGAACAGAUAGACGCAGUUAGACUGUCGGCCAUCUUCUUGGCAGUGUUGGCGAGGGGCAUUACAGACUUGUUGGCCGAAGACAUCAUACUGUUGGAAAACAUGGGAGAGCUCAAAGCCUGGGCAAGAUCUCCCAAUCGCGCCAUCAUGGCCCUUUCGCGUAUCUGGUCCGGGGAAGGCUUCUUCUCGUACAUCGCCUUCUCAAUCGCUUUGCGUUCCCGUUCUCGAAUCUACGAAAUGGUGGCCGAACUUGUAAGCGUGUGGUUCAGCAAAAUCGAGACAAUCACAACAAGGACAUACCCGUGCCAAGAUAUCCGACGCUUUCGACCUCGGUUUCGUCGGUGGCUUGGGCAUCACCGCUUCUCUAACUUCCUGUUUCGGCGUCUCGGGCGUUCCAGGCACCACGCCUAUCAUUCCCCCCACCUUGCCCAAGACCCGCGGUGGCGGGGUAUCUACCCUUUCCAUAUUCCCCAAAUCCAUAUCGGCGGGUCCAUCGAUGGGAUGAGGCAGUCCAGUCCUAGUCUUGGAAUCUCCCUGCGGCGUCACCGCCUCCUCUGUCGUCUUCGCGGCCGCUUCCAUCUGCUUACGACUAGACGAGGCGAUCGAGUUUCUAAAGUCCGGCAAGGAUUCCUUCAACUCCGGCAUAUCCGCCUCCUCAAUCUCCGGGACGGAAUCCAGAUCGAACCGUGGGUGCCAGCACAUCAAGUCCUCGCCAGGGUGUCCUCUAGUGUUCACUCCUCGCACCGUGUCGGUCAGCGAGUCCAAAAAUAUCUAUCAUGGAAAGAAGAGGGAGACGAUCUGAGUGAUCUGGUAUUUGAGGGUCACUGAGCAACAACUCGAUACUCACAUCAUGCUGCACCCGCACAAGGCGCACAAGUCGACCGUGAAAUUCCUUUCUCCGUUCGCCCAUACUGCUCGCUGCAGCGUCUGCAGUCGCCCGCAUCUUAACACUGUCCAGCGCAGAUCGCGACGGGGCGGCCAGCGUCCCUCCCCGUAUCACGGAUGGGGAUGUCAAUGGUGACGAUGUGGGUGUU